AAAAAAAGGAGAAAAAUCAAUCAUAAGUAUAACAGUAAUUUGACAGCUUUAGAAAAACGAUAAUUAGAGGCAAUAUUUUUAAAAUAAAUAAACAUCAACUAAUUCUAUCGUAACAAAAUAUCGACUCCGGCCUGCAUGCUCUAUCUCCGUCCGUCUUUCGAAAUGAGACAGUGAUGGCUGAGCGCUCGUGCCAGACGGACCUGUACUAGGUGUCCCCAAAACAAAUAUAAGAUUUACUUAUAAAAACUGUGCUGUGUUGUGUGUCCUAGUGAUAUACCGUGUGCACCAAAACCUUUAAGUUAUAAUGGGUAACAAGCAAUUGAAUAAAAAGAAGACAUCUCGAAAAAGACAACUCGGAAGAUUCCAACAAACAAUGGAACUAACGAAAAGAAGAAAAUUGGAUAAUUUCACAGCCGAACAUGAUACUAUAUCUUUAGACUACAUCGAACUGCAAAAUAUGGAAAUGGAAUCUCCGAUUUCAUCAACCACUGACAUUCAAAGUAACGAUGAGGCGACCGGCUCAAACAUUUUGAACCCACGCAUUGCACAGGUGGAUGACACUUAUCGGGUUCCUAGUAUAUUAGAGGAAGAAGAUACCCAUGAGUUACAAAUAUCGUUCAAUGUGGAAGAAGAGCUUCCUGACAAAACCGUCGGUCGAAGAAUUGUCGCAGUUAGUUACCAUUCGAUUCGAUUCCUCGCAUUUUAUCCAAUAAAAGAUUGUAUGGAAACUAUAUACAUAAACGCAAUAUUUCACCGACAAAAUCGCAAUUUUCUUGUUUUGUUCAUACUUCAAGAUGGACUCUUUGUGACCUUGACGUCACGGUCACAUAUCGUUUUGUUCGGGGCGUUUCGCGAGUGAAGUACGACUGUCGGACUUUGACUAUCAUUUCUGACUUUUGUAUUCCUUUAAUGCAAUGGAUCCCAUAUAGACUUUUGAUCCUAAAGACAAACCUGAUCGAUUGAUACCAUAAAUGAAAAUUAGUCAUCUAUUAUCGAUAAGUAUAUAUGUUUUUCUUCAUCAAAUUAUCAAUAAUUUUCAUUUUUUAGAUUGUUCCCUCUAUAAACUCCUAAUAGUCUACCUUGGUGCCAAAUAGGGAAUGCAAAUCGGUUAUUUUUUGUAUGGUAUUCAUUUUAAAAUGUCAUUCAGAUUAUCAAUAAGAGUUUCUUAUACCGUAUUCGAAUUAAAAGAAAUAUUUUAUUAAUAACACAAUUCUCUCUAGUUUUUGCUCGUAUUUAGUAUACAACUAACUAAUUAUUCGUAUAAAAUUAUUUAUCGUAGAAACACUCGUAUAGUUUCAAAAUAAGCUAUUUUAUUUUGUUGGCAUUGUCAAACCCAUUGACUAUUUUUGUUUUGCUUUAAUAUAUGGUCAGUCGUAAAAGUAUUAGCGUCAGCAAUGGAUUUAUAUAAUGUAUUUCUUUAAAAAACAUGAUAUUUCAUGCUAAGUAACAGAAAACAGUCAAAUAUUGUACCGGAAAUAUUAGUCCCGAAAAUCCCGAAAGUACCGGGAAUUUAAUUUUGAAAUCCCGGUUCUUUGCUUGGCUCUAAAUCCCGGGAAUUCCCGGUACUUUCGGUACCGGUAUUUCCCGGGAGCAAACCCUAGUAUGUAGGACUGUAGGUACUGUAAAACGUUGUACGAUACAUGUGCCAAUAGGUAAUUCGCAACUCGUGUCGAUUCAAAACACUCCCUUCGGUCGUGUUCGAAUUUAUCGCCACUCGUUUCGAUUUUCCUAUUUGCCGCACUUGUAAACGUAAUGUAGGUAAGUACUAUUACAAUAUGGUGCUACUUUACCGCAUUAGUGCGAUAAUUAGCACAUUACGUAACUAUGUCGAAAAUUUAAAGGGCCAUAUUAUGUACUGUAAAACGUUGUAUGAUACAUGUGCGAAUUACCUAUUUUUCGCACUUGUACCGGU